CCUGCCCGGGGCUCGGGGGGUGGGGGGAGCGGGGCGGGGAAAUGGAUAAACUGACCAUCAUCUCAGGAUGUCUCUUUCUGGCCGCCGAUAUCUUCGCCAUCGCCAGCAUCGCCAACCCGGACUGGAUCAACACCGGGGAGUCCGCGGGAGCACUCACUGUGGGCCUCGUGCGACAGUGUCAAACAAUCCAUGGACGAGACCGGACGUGCAUCCCACCUCGGCUUCCCCCAGAGUGGGUCACCACGCUGUUUUUUAUCAUCAUGGGAAUCAUUUCAUUGACUGUCACAUGUGGUUUGCUGGUGGCUUCCCACUGGCGGAGAGAAGCUACAAAAUAUGCUCGAUGGAUAGCAUUCACUGGAAGAGGAGAAAACAAUGGGAUAUUUUCAAGCACAUUCAAGUUUUCUGCAAUUCAGCCCCAAUUCCACGCACAGACUGAGACCACCCAAGAUUAAAUUUCAAGAAGAGAUUUUUCAUAAGACUCAGAAGAUUUUAGAGCUGGAUGAAAUCUAAAAGAGCACAUCCAGUGUUUCCAUUUUCCAGAUGAGGAAAUCAAGGCCUCAGAAAAGUAGACUGCCUUUCCCGAAGUUCUACAAUAGCAGAGUACCCAACACAGGAAAUGUCUGUGACAGAAGGUCCUUGGACAGUUGACCUCUAACAGCUAUUCAUGUCCUACAGCGUCUGAACCGGACUUCCUUCAACUAAUCUCCAUCUACUCCAUCCAACUAAUUUCUACCAAAAUAACACAAAAGAAAGCAUAUCAUUUCUUUGAGUUCCUCUCAUUCCCACUCUACAGAACGAAGUGCAAACUUCUUUAGUAUAGCUUCAUGAUCUGGCUUCGGUCUGUCUCUUCUCUUUACCCACCACUGUAUCUUUUCACCUUACACAGCCAAACCAGCUAGUCUCCAUUCUUUCACUGCACCUGCUCCUUGUCUUGGCUGUGACUGCACCACCUCCUCCUCGCAGUUUUCCCUAAUCCCUCCCGUAUUUGAAACAUAACUAAUUUUUUGUCCUUUCUCUUUGGUUUAUACCUUUGUAAUAGAACUUACUUGAGGCAAGUAGACUGCCUGGAUUCAAAUCUCCAUUCCAAAAUACUCGCUGUGUGACCCUUGAUAAAUCACCUAGCCUCUGUGAGCCUUGGUUUUUUUCACCUGUAGAAUGGGGUUAACAGUACCUAUGUCAUAGGGUUAUUGUUGGUUUAAACAAGAAAGCAUGGGAAGCGCCUGGCUCAUAGAAAGCAUUCAAAUGUUAGUUGCUGCAAUUCUUACUAAUAAACACCUCCCUAUCACUAAAUUAUAAACUCCUGAAUGCAAGGAAUGUGGCUUUCUCAUUUCCCUUAGAGACCUCGCACAUUGCUUUACAUGUGAAUUGAAUUAUAAUAAAAUUUGGGGCUAGGUUACAAAGGAAAAUUAUGAAACUGUAUUUGAGAGACCUAGCCACCUAUCUGCCAGGAUUAUUUCAGUGAAAUUCUUCCAGCCCUUAUAAGUAGAUGUGGUUGUUUUAUUGGUAAGUAUUUGACUGUAUAAUAUGCCAGUUUCAUUGACCUCCUUAGGAUUCAAGACCUAAGACCUUUACUACUCAAGACCCUUUGUGGACUGAAGAGCCUUGACUACCGAAUUCCUAGUGCUCCAAUGUUGAUACCAAUACAAAGAAGACCAGGAUGAUGCAAGCACCCAGUUGAUCCCAAGAGAACUCUCUGGAGGCCUCUUCAAGCUUUUGGGUUCUCAGCUAUCUUGAAGCCGUAUAUUUGGUAUGUUUUGCAAAAACUUGGCUCUGCCAAGAUGGUUUUAAUUUCUGCUAAAAGGAAUGGACUCAAGGAUUUGAUCUCAUUGUAGGUGCAGUUAUCCCCAACCAGCCAUGUUAUGGCCCUUUAGUAAAUACUGCCAUUGUAUUUGGUCACUAUUAAAUCAAUCCCUAUUAUCUGUCAGAGCAAGUCAGUAAAAUAAAUGCUGUGUCCUGACUCUGGCAAUCUUUUCAUGUUUAAAGAUUUAAUUUGGUUGUCUUAGACAAUUAAGUAUUUUCUUAAAUAAAUUUUAAAAACUCAUUCUUUUACACUGCUUUGUUCUCUGUGGCAAAAUGCAAAUGCAGUUGAAGAACCAAUCAAAGAAAAUCCUUUCCAUUAUGCAUAAUAAAUUGCUCUAGGGGAAAAAUAAUCCAUGUAUCUAAGAAAGCUUUUAAGUACCUCAUAUUUUACUAAUGUCGUUAGUGAAUAGCAAAGUGGACUCCUACUGUGGUGUCACCCCCACUCACACACAUCAUUCUUAGCACUUUACCUCAUUUCUGCUGUUUCAGGGUCAUCAGUAACUUUUUCUUGUCCUAAGUGCUGUUGUGGAGAAGGAAGUUACCAUAACCCUAAACUGGGACAAAGGAAUUUUUUUGUUUUUUUAUAGUAACAUGUCUGUAAAAUUAAAAACAAAAAGGGGGUAUAGGAAAUUAAAAAUCCUCCCUCAACCCACCUUCCAGAAAUUACCACUAAUAACAGUUUAUUAGGUUUCUUGCAGAUAUUUUGCUGUAUUUACAAUAUAUGUGUAUCGUGUAUAUAUAUAUCCUGUUCAGCUUUAACAAAAGCAAGAGCAUAUUCCACAUGUCUGCCACUGCUUUCUUUUUUACUUUAUGAUGGCUAUCUUUCUGUCAGUAAAUAUGAGUCUUCUGCAUUUUUAGUGGCUGUAGUGUGUGUGUGUGUGUGUGUGUGUCCUCCCUUGUUGAUGUUCAUUUAGACGGUUUCCAAGUUUUUUGCUCUGACAAAUAAUGCUGCUUGAAUUUAGACCUUAGAUAACAGAAACUUCCCACAUUCCAUGAUAACCUGACAUUCGAACUGAAGCGUAUCAACUACCCUAUGAAAGGCAGUACAUAUAUUUUAAAAUAUUGUGGUUAAGAAAUAGUGGCAUUCAAUAAGAGUUUGGAGAAGGAAACUAAUAUUAAAUUCAUGCUAUGUGUUUUUCCAUAUGUCACCUUAAUCCUCCUCCUGAGGUGAAGUGGAAAGGUAUCUUAUAGACCAGAAAACCAUGCAUCAAAAGGGAAAUAACUUACCCAAGGAUCAGUAACUAGUAAUUUUGAAUCUGGGUUUCAAACCUAGGUUCUCUGACUUCAAAAUCGAGGACUACUUCUGUCCUGGCUAGUGUGAAGGAAAUAAAAAUAGCUUGUCCCAGUUGCAUGAUUUCUUGGCUCAGACACGAGCAGCUGAAUCUAUGGUUUGCUUCUUCUGGAUGUGGAAUGCAAGCAACCAUAAAAGGUAGUCCUGCUUAGAAACAACCUAUAAAUAUUAUAUAUUUUGUUGGGGGAGAAAAGUAUGUAAGUUAUUGAGCUGUUUGUGUUCAAUCUUCCAUCAUUCCUCUCUCACUGUCAAGCUUUCUGCAGUCCUGCUACGUGGUAACUUCACUGAUUGCUAAACUAGAUGAUGUCACCCCUUGAUUUUCCUGGGAACCUUUUGGGAAUUGAACACCCAUGGAAAUUUCCCCAAACAGGCUAUAUCUUGUCCCCUCUGUAGCACUUAAAAAACCAAUUAACUAGAUCCCUUCUACCUUGUUGAUAGGAAAUCUACUGGGUACUGGAUUACCCUAGGGUUGUGCAGAAGUCCAUGGUUCAAACAUUAGAAAGCCCCCUCCAGUCAUUUGUCCUCUGUCUACACUUAUUACUACUGAGACAUCAACUAUUCCAGUCUGAAUGGUGCAGUAGUUCUGUGUCCAUCCCACGCUUGGGGCAUGGCGAUGAAGUUGUUGAGCUAGGAAGACUUUCUCCCUGGACUGAGGACGCAUUCCUCUUAGGUCUUGCCAUCUCAAAGUGUUGCCACCAAACACUGAGCAGGCCCUUACUCCUUCUGAUUUUCAGAUACCUGAUUUCUUGACCUCCGUCUCUUUCUUUUCCCCUUUGGCUUCCCUCAGAGGCAUGUUUGCCUAGUACCCAUGUCCCUGUCUUUGGUUCAAAACAAAACAAACCAAGCUUUUUUCAAGGGGCUGAUUGCACCCUCUGGCUCCAAGACUGGAUGCAGAAGCCAGGUCUGGCCUAUCAGAACCACAGUGAUUUUUUCAGAAAUGAAUGGAUCACAUGACCAAGCCAAGCCUGGGCCUUUCCUGGAGCUCCUUGGGAAAGAGGUGCUCUUAUUUUAGGGUUGCUAAAUUGGGGAGAGGGGGAACUGAGUGCUGCUGGUGUCCAAGUUUGCCAACCACGCAUGAAGAGCCUGUGUAAGAAAUAAAGCCAUCACAGAAGAAAGGAGCUGAAAAAUGGAGACAGAUUUCUGUUAACAUCAUAUUAGCCUUGGAUCAAGCCAUGUCCAAAACCAGUAAAUCCUUCAAUUUUUCUGUUGUUUGAGCAAAUA